AUGUUCUACUACCCCAAUGUCCUGCAGCGCCAUACAGGCCGCUUUGCCACCAUCUGGCUGGCAGCCACGGGUGGCACCAAGCUGGUGAAGAGGGAAUAUUUGAAAGUGAAUGUGCCCCAAACAUGCGAAGAAAUCCUGUCCUACAUUCUGGUGCAGGCCCCACCGCCCACGCCCUCUGCCCCCCGGCCCCGCUUCUCCCUCUAUCUCUCUGCCCAGCUGCAGUAUGGGGUGGUGCGGGUCUACAGCCGACAGUGCCACUACCUCAUCGAGGAGAUCCAGCACACCUUGGAGCGCCUGAGCAGGGCCCAGCAGCAGAUCCGCAUCGACAUGGGGGAUCUUGAACAGCCGGGGCUGCUGCUCCCCGACAACCUGUUAUUGAUGGAGGUCCUAGAGGAUGCGCCCGACCCCUUCUUCGGGGUGAUGGAGCCGCCGCUGCCCAGCCCCACUGACAUCCCACAGAUUCGAUGUAUUCUGGAGGCUCCCACCCCCCCAGAGAGACCAGCCCCAUCCCCCCGGCGCAGGAGGGCAGAAGCACCCCCCAUCACGGUUGUGUCCCCCGAAAUCAUCACCAUGAAGGAGGUGGAGCCCAUCAUACUGCUGGAAAUCGAGGGCGAGCGCGACCUCCCGGAGAUCACGGCACGCGAGAUCGACCUGCUGGCCGAGCAGGAGGACUUCGUCUUGCCCCCCGCCUCACCCCGCACCCCCCCCAGGAGACGCCCCAUGGAAGAGCUGGAAGAGGAGAUGAGAGCCCGGGAGGCCGAGAUCACGGCCAGACUGUCACCCCCAACCCGGGUGGGUGAGGAGCCCCCAGCUGAGGUGGAGACCCCCAUCCUGCCCGAGGAGCUGGCUCGGCUGCCGAAGGAGGAGCUACCCCCGCCCCCCGGGGUCCUGGGCCAGCUGAUGGCCUCUCCUGGGCAGGGUGCCCCCAGCUCACCCAUGCCCCCCUGCGCCCCACAGCUGGAGCUGGCCGUGUACGAACCGGCCCCACCGCGCACCCCCCGGCGCCAGCUCCGCUUCCUGGACGAGGUGACCCAGAUCCCACGGGACCAGUUCAAGAAACAGAUCCUGGAUGUGCGGGCCCAGUGCCGGCCCCUGGUGGUGGUGGAGGUGCCAGCCCGGCAGCGCCGGACCCCAGCGGAGCUGCUAAGAGCCCCCACAUAUGGCUGGCUGCCCCCUGAGCUGCUUGCCCUGUGGCAGCGCUGCGCCAUCCUGCAGCCUGUGGACUACGCGGCGCUCUGGGCCGAGGAGGAGAGAAAAGAAGAGCCAAUCAGCGAACUGGAGGUUGCACGUGAGGCCCUAGAGCCCAGCAUCCCUGUGAUGGUCUCCUCAGAGAUCUCCCUGGAGACCACUGAGGAGGAGGUGCAACGCCCCAGCCUGGUGACCCCCGAGGAGAGAAGGCUGGUGCCGGAGCCCGAGGAGGCCCUGCCAAUCGUCCCCGAGCUGCCUGAAGUCAGCCUGGAGCUGCCCCCUGACAGAGACUUGAUCACACUGGAGUACAUCCGCAGGCUGGUGGCCGCAGAGCUGGAGCAGGUCGGGGAGACAGAUUUCCGGUCCCUGGUGCCCACCACGACCUCACGCAGCAUUGCCAGCCGCAUCUUCUACCUCUGCCUCGUUCUCUGUGGGCUCCAGUUCCUGCAGCUGGACCAGGCCGAGCCCUACGGGCCGAUUCUCCUCAAACGUGGGGCCCGAUUCCACUCGGGCUAGGGCCCCUGCCCGGGGGAGAAGAGGCUCCCCAGGCUGAAUGGGUCUCUCCCCUCCCCCCCGUUACAAAUCUGUUCUAAUUAAAGUGUUUUGCCAGCAACCUGCCCCCUGAGUUAUUUGGGGGCAGCGGGAGCAGGUGCUUUUUCCUUUCAUCUAGUGCUGAGACCCCAAACUCAGACCCCUCCCCGCACCAGCAAAAGGCAGGCCAAGCAUCGCCCCAGCCCCCCCUUGGGACUGAGCAGC